UUUUUUCUCCUAAAAUGGAAUCGUGUAAUGAAAGUAAAGAUUACAUAUUCUUAUACGCAAGUGGUUGUAUAUUAAGUGUUUAUAAAGUAUUUUUAGUGUAUCCUUGUACGAAAUGAAAGUUUGACUUUUGCCACAUAUUCUUUUGAAUGGCAGCUGACCGACGUACACCUAGUUACGAGAGUAGGUACAUAAUAUGCAACGUAAACCGUGUUGUGAGCUUGUAAACGUAUUAUUUUCAAAAAUAUGACGACGAUUGAGGGUUCAAAGUGGUUUCAAGACGCUUACGAAAGCAGUAGAUUGAAUUGUUUUUUCUUUGGUAAAAUGUCAAAUUGUGAACUUGUCAAAGCUGGGUUGAGUCAUUGUUGCGAUCCAUUUAUCGCCCUAACUUAUUGUUGAAGACCUAUUUACACUGUUUACCCGAAUAAAUAAUUAUUUAUGUGUGUCCAUUGACUGUGAAACAUGUUUAAUUUGUUAUAAAUUCAGUUGUUUUCAUUCAGUUUGUGUGUGGAACAAACUUUUUUCGUAAAACAUUGUUGCAGUAGAGGGUUUUCUAGUGUACACUGAAGCUCGCUCGUCAUUAGCAGGAGGGUACAGAAUCAUUGGCUCUUGGGGCUAGGAUGUCAGUGCUGAAUCAGAGUGGAGAAGAGCAGGUGGAAUGUCCCCUGUGUAUGGAACCCUUGGAGGUGGACGAUCUCCACUUCUACCCGUGCACAUGUGGAUACCAAAUAUGCCGGUUUUGCUGGAAUCGAAUUCGGGAAGGCGAGAACGGUUUAUGUCCGGCGUGUCGGAAAGCCUACCCGGAGAACCCGGCAGACUUCACUCCGCUCAGUCAAGAGCAGGUUGCAGCAAUAAAGACGGAGAAAAAGGCGCGCGAGCAGAAGCGGCGGAACAAGACGCUGGAGUCGCGGCGCGCGCUCGCCAACGUGCGCGUCGUGCAGAACAACCUCGUGUUCGUGGUCGGCCUGCCCGUGCGGCUCGCGGACCCCGAGAUCCUCAAACGGCAAGAGUACUUUGGCAAAUAUGGCAAAAUUCACAAAGUAGUUAUAAACCAGAGUACAACGUAUGCGGGGUCACAGGGUCCGUCGGCGUCGGCGUACGUGACGUACGUGUCGCCGGCCGACGCCCUGCGCGCCAUCCAGGGCGUCAACAACGUGACGCUGGACGGCCGCGUGCUCAAGGGCUCGCUCGGUACCACCAAGUACUGCGCCAACUUCAUGAAGAACCAGCCCUGUCCCAAGCCAGACUGCAUGUAUCUGCACGAGCUAGGUGAUCCAAAAGCAUCGUUCACGAAGGAAGAGAUGCACGCGGGCCUGCACCAGGUGUACGAGCGCAAGCUUCACAACCAGCUGCUGCAGGCGCAGCGGGACAAACCAGACGACAAACACAGCAAUAGUUCAGGUAAUUCUAGUACGAAUGCAGAAAAAAGCAGUUCAAAAGAUGGUAAUCAAUCGAACUUUAUACCGACAACAGUGGUCACAUCGUCACAUAUAAACGUAGUCAAUUCUUCUAAAUCUAAUAAAAAAGAAUCUGUAAAUGGCAACAGUGGGUCGAGUAGCAGCAGCAGCGGCGGCAGCGGCAGCGGCGGCAAGGAGGCCUGGCCCAGCCUCGGGGCCUCGCCGCCCGCCGACAGCCCCGCCCGGAAACAGCCCAGUCCCAAACCAAUACACUCGCAGGUUAAGUCACAAGAAAACGGCACAUCAGAAUCUUCCAGUCCUACACAACAGAUACAUCAGGCUCAAACAAAACAGAGUAAAGACACACACACAGAUAGCAAAACAAAUAGAAGCAAGGAAACAAACAGCACAAACGGCCAAAGUAGCAAGAAAAGUAAAACUGACAACAAAUCUAAACAAAAGUCUAGCAAUAGUAUUAAUAAUGAUAAUAACGAUACCGAAACAUUAGAUACCAAACAAUACAAUAGCACGCAGACGACGCAUACGUCAGUGUUCGAGAGCGAUACACAGAGCUUCCUGUCCAACGACAUCGACGAGCUGGAGUCAGACCGCCACAGCCUGCUGGAGAAGCACGACCUGCUCGACAGUCAGCACUCCCUGCUGGACAGCCAACACUCCCUGCUGGGCAGCCAACACAGCCUGCUGGGCAGCCAACACUCCCUACUGGGCAGUCAACACUCCUUGCUGGACCACGAACACCCACUGCUGGGCGCGCGCGAACCGCCGCUCAACGGGUACCUGCUGGACCGCGACACGCUCCCCUAUCUAGCCAACGACACGCGACAGAUUAGCCAAAUAUCACAAGGUCUCAUGGAUCAAAAGGAACUCUUACUACGGGAACGCAGCCAAAGCGAAAUGCUCAUGAGACAAAACGAAUUAAUGGCGAGGCAACACAACGUAAUGGUCGAGCCUAAACACUAUAUGCCCUCGUCUAGUAUAGGACUCGAGUCAGCUAGUGAAAUAUUAGGUGCUAAUUUUCAUCCAAAUCCCAAUAUGCUUCCACCGUUCGGUAUGCGCGUAGACAAUUCCAUGGGCGGUAGCUCGCUGUCGGCGAGCUCGCUGGCCAACUCCAUGGGCGGCGGCUACAUGAUGCACAGUCAACAGCUGAUGCAGCAAAGUCAGCCACAGAUGCAACAGACUGGCCUUGUCAAUGGAUUCGAUAUACCACAGUCGGCGAAUGAGGUGAGAUACCUGGCGGAGAACAUGGACAAGUUCUUCACGGACUUCCACAAGGCGCAGCAGAUGCGGCUGCAGCUGUCGCGCGGCGCGGCGGACGAGCGGCGCUACGUGGACCACCACCACUACCCGCAGAACAUGCUCAGCGCGGAGCGUCUCGAGAUGGAACACAAGCAGAGAAUGAACAACAUACGCGGCAACGAAGGCAACGGUGGUCGGGCGGCCGGCGACGGAGACGACGACCUUGACUUCGACCCCUUCAAGGAGACGCAGAAGGCGUUCGCAGAGCUCAUGGAGACAGAAAUGAUGCAAAACACAGUUUCUAGCGGUGACAAUAUGGACCGUGUACGUCGAUCCCGCCUCGCGCCGCCCGGCUUCAGUCAUAUGAACGCGUUCGGUGUAGCUCCCCGCCCACAACAGACACACCAUCAAAGUUAUAACUCAAAUAGCGCCAUGUUCUCAGACUGGACUCAGAUGGACCCGGCCAUCAUGUCGACGUCGGUGUCGCUGGGCAAGGCGGCGGGCGCGGGCGGGCCGGCGCUGAGCCCGCAGCAGGCCGAGCUGUUCGCGCGCUUCAACCAGCUGGGCGUGGAGGGCCGGCCGGGCUGGGCGCGCCUGGGCUGGGGCGGCGUGGGCUACGCGGGCGUGUCGCUGCCGCCGGGCUUCGCGCCCGCCAAGCCCGCGCAGCGCCCCGCCGAGUGCAUCGACGCCAAGUAGCCCGCGCCCGCCUUAUAUUUUCUAUUCACUAAUAUUAUUGUUUCUUUCCGUUGGUGAAGUGAUCGAAAAAUCUUUGUAUUAAGAAAGAGCAUAUUUUAACGAGAGAAAUAUGAUAACAAAGGAAUUUGUAAAAUAAAUUAACCUAUUUGUUUUAUUUAAAGUUUGAUUUAUUUAUUUUCGUUCGGUCUCGGCUCGCUCCCCGGUGAUGACUUAUCAUAUUUCUUAGAGUGAAUUCUUUUACGUUCUUUACUGCGUUUCGCUGAGCAUAAUAUAUGUAUAUUCGUUAUAUAUUAUAUAUUUAUUAGAAUCAUAUCCCUGUUAUGACAGAUUAUAUUUUCUAUAUUAAAAUGAAAUGCCAAUUACUCGCUGUUCCAUUUGUACCUUAUUGAGCCAUUAACCAUGAGAAAGAUCAUUAAAAUUAAAGCAAAGAAUUAUA